CUGGGGCUUGGAGCCAACGGGCUGCAGGACGAGGGGUUCGUGAUCAUCGGCCCUGCUCUGCCCUCCUGCCCCUGCCUCCUUACCUUGGAUCUUGCGGGGAAUGAGAUAGGAGAGCAGGGGGUAGUGGCGCUUGCAGCAAGUCUGCCAAGCCUGAGGAAGCUGAGUCAUCUGAAUCUGAGCUACUCUUUACUCCGUCCGUCCGGGUUUGCCGUCCUGUCCGAAGCUCUUCUUAAGUGUAGUCAGCUCAUCGAAUUGGACGUGAGCGGCUGUGAGAUGAGAGGAGGAGAGGGCUUCCAGCAGUUUGCUCUAUCCCUGUCAUCGUUCAAACUCCUCCGGUGCCUUGCCAUUGGCUCCAACAACCUCGGGGAUGCUGGCGUCAUCACCAUCUGUCGAUCGCUGUCGCGUUCCUCAACUUUGACGUCCCUGUCGACCCCGGCGAACAACGUCGGGGUGAAGGGAGCAGAGGACAUCGCAUACUCGCUCUCCUCCUGUCCUCAACUUCACCUGCUCGACCUCUCUCACAAUCGUGUGGGACUUGAAGGAUGUACAGCCAUCGCAGACCACCUGCUCUCCUCCUCUCUCUCUCACCUUCUCCUAGCGAACAACAUGCUCGGCAAGUCUGGUGCCCUCCCCUUGUUCGGCUCGUCUUCGCACCGGCUGGGCUGCCUCAACUUGAAGGGGAACAUGCUGGGACAGGAAGGGGUCACGUCGCUGGCGUCUGCUCUCAUCCACUGCCAGCAGCUGACGGAGCUCAACUUGUCGCAGAACACUAUCAACGAUGAAGGAGCGAGGGCCAUCGCCACUGCGAUGACAAACUGCACAGCCUUGCAGCUGCUGGACUUGACGGUGAACAUGAUAGGGAUGGAGGGAGCUAAGGCCAUGCUGAGCAAGAUCGCUGAUUGCGUCAGUCUAUCUCUUAUCGAUCUCCGACUCAACUACAUAGGAACAGUUGGAACGCGGAGAGUUCGG